AUGUCUGUACAUAAAACACCCGAAAAGCCACCGGGUAAAAGUUGGCGUGAAGUUAACCAAGAACGGAAAGCAUUGAAACGGCAAAGAAAUGAAGAAAAAAUUGAAAGGAGAGAAAAGAAAAUGUUACUACAAAAAGAGUUAGAACAGAAAGUUAAAGAAGAAUGUGAAGAAGAGAAAAAAGUUUCCGAGAUUUCCACAAUAAGUAUAGCUGUUCCGGGUUCGAUUUUGGAGAAUGCUCAAUCAGCAGAACUAAGAACUUACUUAGCAGGCCAAAUUGCAAGAGCUGCUUGUGUUUUCUGUGUUGAUGAAGUUAUUGUCUUUGAUGACAUUGGUGAAAAAUUAAACACAAAGAAGUCUAAGUUAGAGGAUGCGGAUGGGGUUGUAGUGGCACGAAAAAGUUGCGUUCAACUGGCUCGAAUUUUGCAAUACUUGGAAUGUCCACAAUAUUUGAGGAAACAUUUUUUCCCAAUUCAUAAGGAUUUAGAGUUUGCAGGGCUCUUGAAUCCAUUAGACGCACCACAUCAUUUACGAAUGUCAAAUGAUUUUAAAUUCAGGGAAGGUAUAACAAUGAACAAGAAAGUAAAGCCGGGAAAAGGUUCUCAGGUAAAUGUAGGCCUAUUGAAAGAUGUAUCGACAGACAAACUUCUAAAUCCUGGUAUAAGAGUGACAGUGAAAAUGAUCCCUACACCUGAAGGAAGCAAAAAGUUAAAAGGCAAAAUUGUUAGUUUGGCUACUCCAAGGGCUGAAACUGGUGUUUAUUGGGGCUAUACUGUGAGAAUAGCAAAUAACCUUAAUCAAAUAUUUACUCAGUGUCCUUACAAAGAUAGCUAUGAUCUAACUAUAGGGACUUCUGACAAAGGAACACCUAUUGAUGAUAUGCCUAACAAAGGGGUAACAUUUAACCAUGCUUUAAUAGUAUUCGGAGGACUACAUGGCAUAGAAGCAGCUUUAGAGAGUGAUGAACUACUCCAAGUAGACGAUGCAAGCCUACUUUUUAACCACUAUGUUAAUGUUCUACCAAACCAAGGUUCUAGAACAAUACGAACAGAGGAGGCAAUACUAAUAGCAUUAACCAGUCUUAAAGCUAAGCUAAAACCCAAUAAUGCACCAAUGGAGUUCAAAGAAGGAGGAAUUGCUACUAGUAGUUUGUAUCCCGUACAACAGAAUAAUAAUUCUGCCUCAACAACUGAGAGUAAAAUAGAUUUAAGUAAAUUUGAUUAA